AUGGAGAAGAUGAAGCAGCAUUGGGACAUGGUUGGAUUUGUCGCCGACGGCCAAUAUGGGAUUCUGAGAAGAUUUCCACGUGGUGGAUCUAUCAAGCACGAUGUAUCUCCUUCUCCAAAAUUUAAACACGAUUUCGAUACUCAACCAGGCAGUAGGUACUUCACCUGCACCAAAUUUAAGGAUGAUGGACUCCACUUUCGUCAGCCAUGGGUUUUCGGAGUCGAACAAGAGAUUGAGAAGCUAGUUAUGAAAGUUGAAGAGCAAAGCAAGACGAUUGAAGAAAUGAGAAAAUAG